AUGACUAAUGAAGUAGUACCGCCAGAGAACUUUAGCCAUGUUGUUGGUGAAAUCUAUAGAAGCAGUUUUCCACGAGUCGAAAACUUCUACUUUCUCAAGCAUCGUCUCAAAUUAAAAUCAGUUUUAGUGCUGAUACCAGAAGAACUACCACCAGAGAAUGAAGAGUUUUUACAAGAAGCCGGAAUUCAACUUUUCCAAGUGGGUAUGAGUGGUAACAAGGAACCCUUUGUCAAUAUUCCAGGUGACGAACUUACAAGAGCUAUGGAAAUCGUACUAAAUCCACAACAUCAACCGAUUCUCAUCCACUGUAAUCGUGGUAAACACAGAACCGGUUGUCUAAUAGGAUGUAUUCGCAAACUACAAAAUUGGUCUCUGACCAUGAUAUUCGACGAAUACCGUCGCUUUGCCUUUCCCAAGGCUAGAGCUCUCGAUCAACAGUUCAUCGAAAUGUACAAUGAUUCUGAUAUCAAGAGAAUUGCUUCUGCAAACAACUGGCUACCUAUACAGUGGUAA